AUGACGUUCGAUCGGUGGUACAACAAAUAUGACGAUCUCUUCGAGGAGGAUGGCAAAGAGCUCAACGAUGCGGCGAAGAUUCGACUUCUUCUUCGUAGCUUGAGUGUUCCUGUGCACGAAAAGUUUUUGAGCUAUCUUUUGCCAAAGCACCCACGCGACUACAAGUUCAAGGAGGUGGUAGACAAGCUGAAGGCCAUUUUCGGAGUUAACAGAUCCCUGUUCAGCAAGCGUUACGAUUGCCUUCGACUGGCCAAGAGCGACGCCGAUGACUACAUCACGUUUGCCUCGCUUGUGAAUCGACACUGCGAGGAAUUUGAGCUGCCGCAAUUGAAAAUCGACCAGUUCAAAGCGCUGGUGUUCAUUUGUGGUCUGCAGUCAUCUAAGGAAGCCGAAGUACGAACCAGACUUCUGUCUAAGCUGGAAGCGGAAGGAGCUACAGAGAUCAACUUGGAGGCGCUCAUUACCGAGUGUCAGCGUUUGUCGAAUCUUAAACACGACACCGCGCUGGUGGAAAAUCCGCAAUCCGCAGUGGUUCAAGCCGUCACGUCGCAGCAGCCGCCCGCUUCGGUUCAAGCUGUAGCAGCUCACCAGCGGCACAGGUCGCCGAAGCCAAGCACAGCGGAAGUCGCGAAACACCCAGCAGAAGCAGUACCACCGUCACCUUGCUGGCAGUGUGGAGCAAUGCACUUCGUAAAGGAGUGCCCUUACACCGAACACACGUGCAGGCAGUGCCACAAGCAAGGGCACAAGGAAGGAUACUGCAACUGCGUAAACAGAACCAGCAGUUCAGGACCAAGUGACUCCAACAAGCAAUUCCGGAAGCAGAAAAAGAAACCGGCGCAGUCGAACCAUGUCCACGUAAUCAACAACAUUGGCAACCGCAGAAAAUACGUAACUACUCGUAUCAACAACAACGUGGUUAAACUACAGCUGGACUGUGGAUCGGACAUCACAGUCAUUUCGGAGCAAUCCUGGCAGAUCUGUGGAUCUCCUGCGCUCGUUCCGACUCUGCACCGGGCCAACACAGCUUCGGGUCAGCCGUUACCGAUCGUCGGUGAAUUCAACUGCGCUAUGAAGAUUGGGGAGGAAUCGCGGACCGGAGUUUGCUACGUCACGUCGGUGAAAGGACUCAACUUGCUGGGCCUUGACUUCAUUGACUCGUUCGACCUCUGGAGCAAACCGCUGACUACCGUUUGCAAUCAGGUAAAUCGUUCCAAUUUGAUCAAUCCUGCUAGCCGGUACCUCACCCGAUUUCCUGAAGUUUUCAGUGACACGCUGGGGCACUGCACCAAAACUAAAGUGAAACUUUACCUCAAGGCUGACGCACAACCCGUGUUCCGGCCAAAGCGACCGGUGCCGUUCCAUGCCGUUGAGUUGAUCGAUGCCGAGCUGGACCGGUUACAACAACUGAACAUCAUCACGCCAGUAGAUUAUGCUGACUGGGCUGCUCCAAUUGUUUCGGUCAGGAAACCAGGAGGUAAAAUCCGGAUAUGUGCGGAUUACUCAACUGGCCUGAACGCGGUGCUGGAAUCGCACCACUACCCGCUGCCAACGCCAGACGACAUCUUCUCGAAGCUCUCCGGAAGCAAGAUCUUCAGCAUCAUUGAUCUAUCAGACGCCUACCUGCAAGUUGAGGUGGAUGAUGACUCGAAGAAGUUGCUGACGAUCAAUACUCACCGUGGACUGUUCCAGUUCAACCGGCUGUCGCCGGGAGUAAAACCAGCAACGGGAGCAUUCCAGCAGCUAAUGGCCAAGAUGUGCGCUGGGCUCAAGGGAGUGGACAACUUUCUAGAUGAUUUCAUCAUCUACAGCGCCACCGCACGCGAGCAUGAUGAAAUUCUCAACGCUCUCUUCGCUCGCAUACAAGAAUACGGAUUCCACCUCCGACCAGAAAAGUGCAGUUUCUACAAGGCGGAGAUCAAAAUCUUGGCUACAUCGUGA